UCUUCCUCUUUAAAACAAAAAACCUAAAACCCCGGCGUCCCCCUUCACCCCUCUCUCGCUUUCUAUGGCGUCGCCAUUAAUACCCCUCCCCCCUACCCCCCGUGCCCUAGCGUCCUAAAAUCGCCAUGGAAUCGGGAUCGAGCUUGUGAUCCCCCCAGUCGAGUGCUCCGAUGCAAACCGCCGCGCGAUUCUCCUCCUCGUCGACCUCCAAAAGGGUCCUGGUUGGCAUCUCUAAUAGCAUAACAAGAGCAGCCUUUCGAUCCCGUGGGAAAUCACAUACUGCUUCAGUACAGACAGACCCGCUCAAAGCGCAAAAGGGCCAGAAGAAAAUUCCAAAGCAAGAGCGACGUGCUCUGAUAGAGGCCUUCGUUGAGAAUUACAGAGCCUUGAAUGGAGGAAAGUUCCCUUCUGCUUACCUUGUCCGAGAAGGGGUUGGAGGAUCUUAUUACAUUGUACGAGAGAUCAUACAGGAAUUGGAACACAAUCAUAAAAUGGCAUCUUUAGACAAAUUUAAGACAGCAAAACCUUCAGGUACUGUUGCUAAAGGAGACCCUUCUUUUGCUGAUAGAGAAAAACCACUAAACUCAAGUAGUCAAGGAAGUGUAAGAUAUAAGGUGAUGAUUGCUGAGAAAAUGGAGACAGAUCAAGAUUCUUUGCUCAAAAGUGAUCAAAUAGUGGAAAAAGUUCAGUUUUCUGGCAAUGCCAGGAAUAUCUCCACUGAAGAGCCUCUAGACCUGGUAUCAACUGAGGAUUCCGUUGGGUCUCUGAACUCCAACGUGACAAGUACCUUCACUGAUAGUUCUCAGCAAAACCAACAUUCAUCUUCCUUCAAAUUGGAAACAGUAAUAGAGACUUCACAUUCUUCUUCAGAAGAAGCAGAACACAACAGGACAAAGGUGAGCACUUCACAGGCGCCUAACAGCCCAAAGGGAGAUGAACUAAGUGGCGGUAGGGGAGUUCCAGAAUCAAAUGAACUUCACAGCAAACAAUUAUCUGAGCAUGCCAAUGAAGAAACGACAAAUAUCUGGGGAAACUUGAAGUCUUUUGCAAAUGGGAUCAUCAACUUAUGGAAGAAAAAGUGAACUCUCAUCUACAAGAUCUCUGGAUGAUCAAUCCCUUCAUUGCUUUCUUACGCUUGCAAGCCCAUUGCUUGAGAAAGGGUCUUCUGAUGUCCGUGGAAGAUUCUGGAAGCUAGUGGGCUCAGAUUUAAGAUUCUUCUCUUUGUUGUCCGUAAGAUGUAUUUUCUUUUUUCUGCAAUUCAAAACUUGUUAGGUCACACUUGAUUUCACCACUGUAGCCGCCUAUAAUAGUGAGUGCUUGUCGACUAACCCUGUAAAAUGUGAAAUAUUUUUUCUCAUAUUUUGGUGUAUAUCAAAGCCCUGUUACACUGUUGUGUCUUUUUUUUUUACAUAAUUCAUAUGAGACCAAAUUUCAGUA